AAGGGGGAGACGGUUGCCUGUUGGUUGUUGUAGUAACAGGGGAAGCGCUUGAGGAGAGGAAUCGCGGCUGCCGGGCCCCAAAGAGGAUGAAGCAGCAGGAUAUGCCAGUUGGGAUGGCUCGGGAUUUGGAAGAAACGGAUUCAUCUUCAGAGGAAGAGGAAGAAAUGGAAGGGCCAGAGGAGCACCCAUGUAUCAUGUGGACAGGUGGAUUCAGGAGGAUUCCAAUCAUGGUAUUUCAUGCUGAAGCUAUUCUAACUAAGGACAGUUACAUCCGCUUGAUUGGGGAGCGCUAUCACUUGUCUUUUAAAAUUGUGAGAACGGACAGUCGCUUGGUGCGCAGCAUUCUGUCAGCUCAUGGAUUUCGGGAGGUACAUCCCAGCAGCAAUGAAUAUAAUCUUAUGUGGACAGGGUCACAUUUAAAACCCUAUGUUCUGCGAACGCUCACAGAUAUUCAGAAAGUGAAUCACUUUCCCAGGUCAUAUGAAUUAACUCGGAAGGAUAGACUAUACAAGAACAUUAAUCGAAUGCAACAGAUUUAUGGAUUCAAGACCUUCCAUAUUUUGCCUCAGACCUUCAUCCUUCCAGCUGAAUAUCAAGAGUUUUGCACUUCCUAUUCAAAGGACAGGGGACCUUGGAUAGUGAAACCAGUGGCUUCUUCUAGGGGACGGGGUGUCUAUUUAAUCAAUAAU